AUGCCUUUCCCACUCGACGCACACGUCCUGACCGUGGACACCAACCUUCUCCACAAGGUCGACACCUCCAAUCCCCAGAACCUCUACAGCAUGUGGACGGUCUUUGCUCGUUGCGCAGAGUCACUCGAGCAGGGCCGAAGACUAGAGAAUAUCUGCUGGCGCCUGUGGAAUGCGACUGACCACCGUCCUACGUAUACCGCUACCGGCCGGCCUCGCGAUGCCUCUCAGGGCGAUGGGACCGACGUCCCCCAGCUCUCCCACAGCGUUGCCUCCAUUGACUCCGUCGACGAGGAGGGGGCAUUUGAUUUCAAUUCCGACCAGUCCGACCCUGACAUUGUCCGCCCUACAAUACAGAAGUGCGCCCGCAGAAGCAGCCGGGGCCGAGAGCACCACAUUACCGCCGACGACUUUGAGAAGAUUGUUGUCUCUAUCCUCAAGGACAAGGAGCCUUUUUCUGCUCCUCUCUCCUACAUCACUUCCCCCUAUCUCGAGGCAGAGAAGCAAUCGCCCGUGUCUAGCUCCAGCUUUGAGCGCUCGGGAUCUACCAACACGUGUUUGCCUGAGUCCUCCCAGAAGUCCCUGUAUCUCGGACCCAGUACCGGCACCACUGUCGUUCGCGGCUUCUCUCCCGCCCAAGGCUCCCUGAUCCGCACCACUAAGGAGACUCCUCGCAGCAUCCUCACUCUCCAUCCCGAGCCUGCCUCUGCGCCGACGGCCAAGAACGUCGUAUCCAAGAAGCAACCCGUGCUCGUCAUGGGUGGCGAGCAGGACCGCCCGAAUAACGCCCGCCCCGCGCCCGUCCCUCAGUCUAAGCGCAGGAUGUUCGCCCUCGGCGACUCCUCCGAAGAAGACAGCCCCAUUAAGAACACUCUCGCCUCUACCCAUGCCAACGGCCUUCUCAACCUGCAGAAGAAGCAGGCCUCCCAGCUUGUCCCUCGCGCUAUCGACAGCGCCGUCGCUGAUGACUCGGACACCGACUACGUCGACGAGAGCGCCAUUGACGACGAUGACGGCUCUUCCGACUGGGAGGACUCGAUUGAGAACAGCAGUCGCUCUAGCAUGGACGAAAAGACGCUCUUCCAGCGCGUCGACUCCAAGGUCAACCUCACAUCGCGCCGCUCCCUGAUCUCGGUCAUGUUCGCGCAAAACGAGCGCGCCUCCAGGCUGAGUAACAUUGCUUCCCAGUCGACCUCGGCACUGCCCCGCGCGUCGCGCCUCUCGCAGGCGCACGCCGUGGCCGGUUCGCCGAACGACUCGGACGAGGCACCUCUCAUGAUGAAGAAGGGUGUCCGCUCUUCCCCUCUUAAGCCCAUCAACGAGAUCCCCCGCUCCACUGCCCAGCCCAUUGCGACCGCCGCCAGCCACAGCCAGCUCCAGAAUCAUGCGGCACUGUCGCCGCGCACCACGCGCCGUGAAAUGCUGGCUACCGAGCUGACCGAGUCAAUGCGCCGCAACCUCCUCUGGGAGCGCGAACAGAAGAACUCGACUGCCAACGCGGUCCUCAAGCGCCGCCACACCUCCCACAACGUUGCCAACCUGAAGCAGUACCCCGAGAAGGUGCACAUGAACAAGGGCGAGGAUGGCAACCCCAACAACCAGUACUUCCAGAAGGAGACCCAUGGAGGCUACCACUCCAAGGGCUGGUAG